AUGCUAUCGUUUCGGAACAUAAAAUACACACAGUAUCUCAUUAGAAAAGGGCUUUCUGUGUGUUAUUCGAUUCUAGAGCUUCCUGUUGUUUAUGAGCCAAAAGACACAGAACCAAAAUGGAAUGCCUUUUGGAAAACAAGUGUUGACUUAACUCCACAUCCGGAGUCAAGCAAUAUUUUCACCAUGGUUUUGCCUCCACCAAAUGUAACUGGACAUCUUCACCUCGGUCAUGCGCUCACAGUAGCUAUAGAAGAUGCGGCUGUGCGUUUUCAUCGUAUGAAAGAUCAAAAUGUGAACUGGAUUCCUGGAAUGGAUCAUGCCGGAAUAGCCACCCAAGCACUAUUUGAUAAGAAGCUUGCACGCGAUGGGAAAAAGCGUGAGGACAUGGAUAGAGAGGAAUAUACAAAGCUUUUAAUGGAAUGGAGUCAAGAGCAUCGAAAUCACAUACGAGGACAACUGCAGUCCUUAGGAGGAUUGCUGAAUUGGGAUCAAGAGUUCUAUACAUUAGAUCCUGAUUAUCAAAAACUUGUAUCAACUAGUUUCAUUCAGUUGUUCUCCCAGGGAGAUAUUUACCGAGGGGAGAAGAUGCUGCACUUUUGCCCGACAUUACAGUCCGUUGUCAGCGAUAUUGAGGUCGACUGGAUUGACAUUUCAAAACGCCAGACAAUCAAACUCCCAUCAGGAAAGCAGACCGAGGUUGGAGUGAUAUAUGAUCUGAAGUAUCCUGUGAAAGGAAGAGAGGGAGAGUUUUUGACUGUCUCCACCACACGCCCAGAAACUAUUUUUGGGGAUUGUGCUGUUGCUAUCAAUAGUUCAGACCCGCAAUCUAUGGCAAGAAGAUCACUUUGUAUUACAUAUAAGGCGAUGCCAAUCAUUGUGGACGAUAUUCUGGUAAAUCUUGAAUCGGAAGAUUUGGGAAAGUGUGUUAAGGUGACUCCAUUUCAUGAUUUCGAUGACUAUGCUUUUGGUGUUCGGCACCAUAUUCGCGGGAGAUGCGUGAUUGAUGCAUCUGGACAUCUCUGCAACAGUGGAGAAUAUUCUGGAAUGGAGCGGUUUGCUGCACGACAGUCGGUAAUCGAAGAACUCGAUAGGAAGAGUCUUCUUCUCAAUGCACGUUCCCACAAAAUGCGUAUUCCGUUAUGUUCGCGUACCGGAGAUGUUUUGGAGCCGCGCUUAUUAAACCAGUGGUUCUUCAAGACGGGAACUGUCUCUUCCACCGUGCUGUCUGCCUGCUCGGAUCUUGUGGAGAAGCAGCGUCUGCGCCCUUCUUCAUCGCUGCACAAUCUGGCGCAGUAUCUGAAGGCUCCGGAAGAUUGGUGCCUGUCCCGUCAGCUGUGGUGGGGCCACCGGAUUCCUGCAUUCAGAGUGAACACGAAGCAGCCACUGUCGGCACUUCCGCCAUGCGGUCCUCAUCACUGCCAAGAGAAAGGGGAACUAUGGGUGAUCGCCUCUUCUGCGAGGGAGGCUUCAGCUAUAACCGAAAAGCUAGGAAUACCUGCUGGAAGCUACACGUUAGAACAGGACGAAGAUGUUUUGGAUACUUGGUUUUCUUCGGGUCUUGUUCCCUUUAUUAUUACAAAGGGGAAGAGUAUUUCGCUGAUGGAGACAGGAAAGGAUAUUCUGUUUUUUUGGGUGUGCCGAAUGAGCUGGCUCUAUGAAUCUCUCCAGCAUUCGUUCCCAUUUGACGCGAUCGCGCUCCAUUCCAUGGUAGUCGAUCCUUCUGGGAAGAAAAUGUCCAAAUCCCGUGGGAACGUGAUCGAUCCGAUGGAUAUAAUCAAUGGCCAAACCUUACCGAAUCUCAUCGAAGCAAUUACUGCUCGAAAAGAAUUGAGUCCCAAGGAAAAAUCCGUGUCUGUCGCAAGCAUGAAGCGUUUAUUUCCUAAAGGAAUUCGGAAUUAUGGAAGCGAUGUUCUGCGCCUGGCUCUACUCAGCGAGGCAAAUCGGAUCGGAGGGAUAAAGAUUAGUCCGGUAAAGCUGGAGUAUGGCCGAUAUAUUUCGAACAAGCUAUGGAAUUUGUUUCGUUUAUAUGUGAACUACUCGCAAGAUGUGAGUGCUCCAAUCCAUAGUGUGACUCAAGGAUCUACCUUGGUCGAGAAAUACAUUCUGAGUAAAUGUGAAGCGGUCGCUCGCGAAAUGGAAGGUGAUCUAGACAUGUAUGAUGUGGAGAAAGCGUGCCAAAAAUCAACAGACUUUUUACUAAACGUGGUUUGUGAUUUGUAA